GUAAUUAGAUUUUGUUUGGCUGGGUUAUCUCGAAAGAUAUGAAAAUGGCCAAAUCAGAACCAGAUAUUGAUUUAUACGCCGCAGCUCGUAAUGCUUAUGUUACCAUACGAUUGCGCUAUGCAUCCUCUUUAUAAUAUAUUCAGCGAAUUGUAAAGAGUAUGUUCAAUCAUCUUGGGGCGAAAGAAACAAUUUUGUUUUUCUGUCAGACAGUUUUGCAGCCCUUUCUUAUCUCUUUUUGAUCCGCGAAGCUCAUUCUGUACAGAGGCUUAAUGGCAACUAUUAGCCAUGAUACAGCCCUACCCAGAGCUCAAGUGACCGGACGUCCGCGGCUGGCUUUUUCUGAUGCAUCAAGAUGGCCAGUGGAUAUUCUCCAGCUCGUAGGAAUUGCAGCAGCAAUUGGUGCUGGAACAGCACGACCACUAAUGCCCCUGAUUUUUGGAGGUUUAGCAAACAAAUUUAACAACUUCCAAGAUGCUUCUGCUCUGAAAAAAACCGUUGAUUCUGAAGUUCUGUACUUGUUGUACCUUUUUAUUGGUCAAUGGUUUCUUACCUGCGCUUAUGGUAUUUUACUAUCGAUAUCUGCAAUGAAUCGUUCCAGGAGACUCAGAGCAUCGUACCUGAAGUCAGCUAUCCACCAAGAUACGGGGCUAGUGAGCCAAGGAAAAGUCGCCGACAAUUUUGCUACGAGCAUCAAUAGUAUUGAGGAUGCAUUAGCUGAGAAGCUUGGGGUUGUCAUGCAAGCAGGUUCAACUGUCAUUGUUUCCCUGAUCAUUGCUUUUGUACACAGUUGGCAGCUCACUUUGGUCCUUUUCUCUACAAUUGUACUUCUGUUCAUCAGUAACUUUGGCACCGCUGCUCUGGAUACACGUUUAGAGCAGAAAAUUCAGCAAAUUGAGGAAUCCGCAGCGAAUUUGGCGGAGGAGGUGUUCAAUGGUAUACGUAUGGUCAUGGCCUGUGUUGCCGAAUCGAAGCUGGUUGAUGACUACACCGCAAUUCUAGAAGCUGCUAGGGUAAAACGAAUGCAGAAGAGCCCCAUACUUGCAGUGCAGUUCUCGAUGAGCUACUUUGCUCUGCUCUCUUCGUAUGCCCUUGCAUUUUGGUAUGGAACGAUUCUGUUAAACCAGGGGAAGAUUUCCAGCGGUGGAACAAUCGUCAUAGUGAUUCUAUCCAUCAAUCAAGGUACAAAUGGUAUGAGGAAGAUUUUGCCGAUCUAUGGUAUUCUCUCCAAGGCGAGAGCAGCCUCAGUAAAUCUGAACAAAGUGAUCAAUAGUACGCCAACUAUUAAUUCCAUUAACAGUGGUGAUGUAACACUUGAAAAUAUCAAGGGCGAGAUUGUAUUGCAUGACGUCUCUUACUUCUAUCCCUCCAGACCUUCUGUCAAUGUUCUUGAUGGCUUGAAUAUCCGCUUUGAGGCCGGUAAGAUGACAGCCUUAGUUGGCACCAGUGGGUCUGGAAAAAGCACUAUUGUUGGUUUAAUUGAGCGAUGGUAUGAGCCUACGCGAGGAACCGUCUCAAUUGAUGGCUUCGCUAUUAAUGAGCUGAAUGUGAAAUCAUUACGGAGCAAGAUUGGACUGGUGCAGCAGGAAGUCACACUCUUCAAUGAUAGCAUAUUUUACAAUGUUGCUUGCGGGCUUUAUGGUACGUCCUUGGAGAAUUGUUCCGACAAGGACAAGCGAGACUUGGUAGUCAAGAGCUGUAUGGAUGUCGGAGCGCACGCCUUUAUUGAAAGCUUACCCAACGGGUAUGAUACCAAAGUUGGAGAUAAAGGAAAUCUUCUCAGUGGUGGCCAAAAACAACGUAUCAGUAUAGCCAGAGCUAUAAUAUCGUCUCCAUCAAUUUUGAUCUUCGACGAGGCAACGUCGGGCUUGGACAUAGAAUCUGAGCGGAUCGUAGAGGCAGCGAUAAAAAAGGUCUCAAUGGGUAUGACGAGUAUUAUCAUAACACACAAAUUAUCCCUUGUUCAAAAAGCGGACCAGAUCGUCUUGUUGAAAAAUGGAACUGUGCUUGAGAGUGGCACACAUCAAUCUUUACUGGCAAUGAACGGUAGAUAUGCCCAACUUGAUGAGGCGCAACGGCUCGACGAGACGAUUCAAUACACGGAUCAACCACUUGAAAAAUCUGAAAUUCAAGAAGCCAACAAGAACGAUACCACCAAAUUGCAAAUUGAUGAGGUGGCGCAACCCACGAAGACUGUUGACGGUAUAUCUACCCCUACGACGCUGGAUCCAAGGUCUUCAUUAUUCCGAUCUUUAUGGCUAAGCCUACUAGACCACCGAGUACUCUUACGACUUUUGGUAGCGGUGAUACCCACAUGUGUGGUUGCAGGCGGCGUAUACCCAGCCCAAGCAAUUCUUUUUGGACACAGUGUUUCUAGGCUUGGAAAAUUCGACUCCAAUAUCCAGAAGACGGAAAACUUUUGGUCUCUGAUGUGGUUUGUGGUUGCUAUCGGAGUCAUUAUCGCCUUUUUCUUAAUGGGUACUAUUUCAUCGAUAAUGGGAACUACCACAAAAUUCUAUUAUCAAACUGAGUAUUUUAAAUCCAUGAUACGACAGGAGGCUUUUUUCUUUGAUAAGGAACAAAAUUCAAAAGGUGCUCUUGUGGCAUCUCUCUCAUUACAUACGAAUCACAUUCAGAUCUUGUUUACAGUUCUGGGGUCUCUUCUGGUUGCCUUGGUAAAUUUAACAUCGUGCAGCAUUCUAGCACUAGUAGUUUCAUGGAGACUAGCACUGGUGGGAUUGUUUGGCAGUGUUCCUGUUAUUCUUUUGGCCGGUUACCUUCGGGUACGUUCAAUCUCUGCGAAAAGUAAAACUCUUUCUGGCCCCCUACUGAGCAGUGCACAAUAUGCGUCAGAAGUCAUUGGAGCUGUACGAACGGUGGCAGCUUUGACCAUGGAGGAUGAGGUUUGUUUUCAACUCGACAAGAGAAUGCGAGAAUCUCUUCCGGUCUUCUACAAGAAUAUUCUCAUAACAAUGCCGCUGUUUGCCUUUUCUGAGAGUGGAGCUUUUCUUGGUAUGGCUUUGAUAUUCUGGUACGGCGGUAACCUAUUGGCGAAUGGCAAGCUAGAAACUGUUGAACUGUGGAUUGUUUUCUUGGCAAUAUUGUCCGGUGGAGAGGGUGCAGCUGAGUUUUUCGCAAGUUCGAAUAGUAUAUCGCAAGCAGGCCAUUCUAUUAACAACAUCCUCGGCUUAAGAUCGAGAGCAACGUCUACAGGGGCCACACUUGACGGCUGCGCAUCCCAGCCAAAGGAUUACGAUGACGAGAAAGGUAGAAACACUCCAGUAUCUAUCGAGUUUCAAGGCGUCGAAUUCAGUUAUCCAAACUCUUCACAACAUUUAAUUCUGAAAGAGAUUGAUUUCGUAGUUGAACCAGGCCAAAACCUUGCGAUUGUGGGCCCCUCCGGCUCAGGAAAGUCUACCAUCAUUGCCUUACUUGAAAAGUUUUACACAAUCAACAAUGGAUCCAUUCUCAUAAAUUCAUCUUCAUUGAAAGAGAUUGACACCGAAUACCAUCGCAGUCAAACGGGUCUAGUCUCUCAAAACACCACUUUAUUCGAAGGUACUCUUCGAGAUAACAUUCUCCUCGGUGUUCAUGAUUUGUCUUCGGUUGAUGAACGCCUCGAAAAUGCUGCAAAAGAUGCAAAUAUACACGAUUUCAUUAUUUCUCUACCAGAAGGUUACAAUACACAAUGCGGAGAGAAGGGUUUCGGUUUCAGCGGAGGUCAAAGGCAACGAAUAGCACUUGCACGAGCACUCGUGCGCCAACCCAGAAUUUUGUUGUUAGAUGAGGCGACCAGUGCGCUUGACUCUUUGAGCGAGAAGGAAGUACUUGAUGCUUUGAAUAGGAUUUCAGGUCAGACUACCACGAUCACAGUGGCACAUAGACUAGCGACCAUCAGGAAUGCCGAUUGCAUCUUAGUACUCGUGAAAGGAAAGAUUGUUGAGAGAGGUACACACCUAGAAUUAAUGGAGUUGAGGGGGACUUAUUGGACUAUGAAUCAGGCACAAGCUUUAGAUAAGGAUCUUUAGAUUUUUCAAAGUCUUCAUUCUCUAUCUCUGGUACUGAUUUCAUUAUUGUUCGAGGAUUUGAGUAUGCGGUGGUUUGAAGAACUUUGUAAUGAUAUGUACGCUCAUAAUACAAGUAAAAGCGCGCUGAUUCUCAGGUCAAAAUUUCUAUCUUCUUUCUCAAUGAUAAAAUCAAUACUCUGCUUGUAACUCUGCA